CCUCCUUCUAAUCCUCCUCCUCUUCUUCCUCCUCCACCUCCUCCUGCUCCUGCCGCACCCAUCAGUGUGAAGCUGCCUGUCCAAAACACUCUAGAACAAAACUCAGGAUCGAUGGACGAGCUGUUAGCGUCGCUGCAGCGUGGACAGACACAGCUGCGGAAGGUCACGGUCAGCGCAGUGAGCAGCGACGUCAGGAACAGCCUGCUGUCAGCCAUCCGUCAGGGAGUCACCCUGAAGAAAGUCCCGCCCUCCAGCGGCCCCACACACAGCUCCGACUCAGAGCUCGAGCGAAGCAUCCAAGCCGCCAUGAUGAGGAUGAAGGUGUCUAACGACUCUGAUGAUGAAGAGCCAUCUGGAGACUGGGAGAGUUAGACGUGACCGUCUGUGAUUCACAAACGCUGCUUCUGGACUGAUGGCUGUGAACCCAACGCUGUUUCAGCCGCCAUUAAUGAUUGUCAUGGCUAACUUCCUUUGCCAAACUUUGGGUUUUUGCACUGAAAUAUCUGGUCGUAGGAUUAUAUACUUAAUUUUCCAUAAAAAUACAGCCAAUGGCACUGAACACUAGAAAUGUGUGAAUAACAUCUGUCUCUCUGAUUUGAUCUGUGAACGCUUUUAUUAAAGUGCCUGAUCAGGAUUGGAGCAUCUGUUUGUGUUUGAGGGAAAGUCUGUGACUUACCCAGAAUGCUUUUCUUUUCUUGGAAAUCUUGAUGGUAUCAAAGUCUGGACCAGUGAUUCUCAAACUGUGCUAAACUCAACACGAUUAUGGAAAUACACACUA